ACUGCAAAGUACGCUCUGCGACAUGGAGUUAAACACAUGCUACAACCAGAGGAUGCGAGAGUAUGCAGCCUCGAGGACGUUGUCACGAAAUUUGUUUUGGACGUAGAGCUGGUAUAUGCAAAGUUGUGUGUGAAUGUUACACUGGCGUUUGAAGACGUAGUUUGUGUUCAGAAGCAAGUGGGCAUCGCAAAAUAUCAUGAGGCCCUUAACACUUUGUUGGUCUUGUUACGAAAGCAUAUUGACACAUUAGAGGAAGUUCCCCACACUAUCUUUCAAACCUUGUUGAAUGAGGGCGGACCUGAACUGUCAUCUCAAGCUUUAGACCUUUUAGAGGCGAAAUAUUUUGAAAUAGCGUAUAUGGAAUACUUGCACAAAGAGGAUCUGCAAGGGCGUGUUCAAACUAAAUUUGAAUGUUCAGCUGGCGUAGCUUGUUUUGAUGUUUCACCGCAGUUAGACUACAUGGUGUGCGAAUGUGAAGAUAAAACGAUACAGCUAUGGUCGCUUUAUACUGGCAAGCAGUUAUGGAAACGAGAUGUCAAGGUAACGAAAGGUUACUACCAAUUCAGGGUUUAUGAGUAUGACUGUAGGGCAGCGAAGCGUUACUACUACUACGGAAGUGAUGACGAAGAUCUGUCAUAUCCUCUCAAGUCAUACCGCUCAGUAGUGUUUCAUCCCACAGAGAACCUUGUUUUACCAGGAAUCCUCAGCCAUGCCUAUACGUUUGACGGGGACCUGAAACCACUUUUUCUUUCGAGCAAGUGCCGUUUCUACAAUUGUUCAAUUUCUGCAGACAAGUCCAAGAUGCUAACUGAUUGCACCAGCGAUGCUAAAUCCAUUGUCAUGUGGAGUCUGACAGAUGGUUCAGAGAUAAAUCGUUUUACAUGGAGUCACGAUAUAGUGUCAUUUGCUUGGUCUCGCAAUGGAAGACUGCUAGCAAUGUCUGACCAUUCUGGUUCGAUAACUUUGGUUGACGUAAUGGAUGGUUAUAGAACUCUAGCACAGACAACUAUUCCAGAAGUAUGCGAAAUGAUAAAGUUCUCCCCUGACUGCAGCUGCCUUUAUUGCAUGGAUUGCUUUGUCAAAUGUGAUCUCUUUCGUUUAGACGUCAACAUGGAAAAUGACGGCAACUUUUCUUUAGAUGUUUUGCCUCGGGAAGUGUGUUAUCUCCCCUGGAAAUUUGAAUCGUGUAGUGAGACCGGAUUUUUAUUGGGAGAUCGUUUUUACUUGGCAUCUGAAAGAGAUAUCAUCGACUCACCAAGACCUGGACUUGCUUUUGUGAUGAAUAAACAAUCUGUAUUGACAGUUGCUUCAAGCAGUACAGUCAUAGAGAUGUUGCAGCUCGAUGAACUGACGAAGGACAGUGCCGGAGUUUCAGAGACUUCAGUUACGAAAGUCGUAUUAUCAUUGAAUGGUGACAUGCUGUUUGUUAUCACUACAAUAGAUGGCAGUCCAGGAACGCUUAUGAGUUGGGACAUUUCAAGUGGUAUGUUCAAGCUAGGGAAAAGAGUUUUUGAAGACACUGGUGGGGUCUGUAUAGAUAAUCUUGUAGCUGUAAGGGAAGGUGUUCUGUUGACAACCAGGUUUGACGCCCUUGAGCUGUGGAAUUUUGAGUUGUCCGAGUGCAUCCGAAGUUGGACUGACUUAGGGUCUAUCUUUGGAGUAACCCCCAUAUCAGAAGAACGAGUGGUCUGUGAAACAGGGACAGUAGUUAUCAUUGUGGAUACAACUAGGGAAGGCAUUCUGUCAACAAUUUCUAUUUAUGGGUUUUUUCUUGCAUGUAACAGUAAAUGUCAUGUGAUAACCGCUGAUCGUGGGGAAUUACAGAUGCAAAGUGGAGACAAAGUACUCUGGAAGAUGUCCCUGCCUUUCGAAUGCAUUGGUUUUCCUCUAGGGAAUACAUUUUCUCCUACUGAACAGUAUUGCGUACUUCCUGGACUCGACGAAUCUUCCUAUGCCCUUUACGUCCUUGAUGUAGUUUUAGGAAAAAUACUUCGCACAUUACAAUCACGUACUCAUGGCCAGUUUUUUCUAAAAAAUCCGGAUUGCAAGUUUGUCAGUUACGAGGAGUGCGUUGCAUGGUUCAGUGAUGGAAAAGGAGGUUAUUUUCUCCGGCUGUUUAAUGUCAAGUCAGGUGACAUGCUAAGUGAAAUUAUUGUAGAAAGCCAAGUGCACAUCUACAGUUUAGCAGCUUGUCCUCGUGAGCGUCUUAUCGCCUUUGGCUUUGCAGAUUCCAAAGUGAAUUUUAAAGUUCUUCAGGUGAAGUUGCCGGGAGACACAGCAGGAAGAACAAAAGGAUCAAGUCUAAAGAGUGAUAAGAGUCCACAGCAGCUAGUUGGAAUUUCCAGACGAAUCCGCUGACUGGAUGAUGUAGUAGUAAACUGAUCGAGUACCAGCCAUUUCAGCCAAGAAGAGGACAGACUUUGCAGUAGAUCUGUAAAUAGACUUAUGGUGAAAAUGUGAUAUUUUAGACUGCUGAGAGCCUCUUUAUUAGUUAGAAGAACAUGUAAGGUGCGCAGCACCUAAGAAUCGUGAUUGGGAGAAAACCGCUAUACAGUCUAAAUCUCGUGCGAUUCUUCGGUUACGAGUUCUUUCUAUGAACUUCUGUGGGAACUAAAAGGUUUCAAAUUGCGUAAAGGAAUCAAUUUCAUCACUUGCUAAAAUACAAUUGUAAAGAGUUUAGUUAUAUGUAAGUUUAAGUGUAAAUAAGUUGCCGAUCGUGGGCAGUGGUAUGAAAACCAAUUUCAAGCUACGAAGUUAAACUGAGGUAAUUAAAAAAUGCGAUUACAUUUACCACUUUAGAGAAAUGACGGAAAUUGGAGAAACUUGCAAGACAAGAGUGUACAUGCUGUCAGUAAAAGAGAAUAAUCGUGACUAAUUUUGAAUCCAGUAGGAGUGUUUUUAAUUUAAUAAAUUAUUUUAGUUUCCCCGUGGCAAUGGAAUCGAGAAUUUAGUUUUUCAAUGUGCGUGAGUCAGUCUUGUAAUGCUCAAGAAAACAAAUGUUUUAGUUACGUUUGAGCAAAUGCUGGGUUGAACCUCAAAUGCAUUGGAGAACAGCUUGACUUAAUGAGACUAGCAUUUUCAAAAGUAUCGUGUGUUUUUUCAAACCUAGUUACUUUC